AUGGCGGGGUCGCCACUGCUUCACGGGCCGCGGGCCGGGGGCGUCGGCCUUUUGGUGCUGCUGCUCUUGGGCUUACUUGGGCCACCCCGCACUCUCUGCGCAAGGCCGGUAAAGGAGCCCCGCAGCCUGGGCGCAGCCUCGCCGCCCUUGGCUGAGGCCAGCGCUCCCCGCCGUUUCCGGCGGGCGGCGCCGAGGGGAGAGGCUGCGGGGGCUGUGCAGGAGCUGGCGCGGGCGCUGGCGCACCUUCUGGAAGCCGAACGGCAGGAGCGGGCGCGGGCUGAGGCGCAGGAGGCCGAGGAUCAGCAGGCGCGCGUCCUGGCGCAGCUCCGGCGCAUCUGGGGCGCACCCCGUACCAGUGACCCGGCCCUGGGCCUAGAGAACGACCCCGACGCGCCCGCCGCGCAGCUCGCCCGUGCCCUGCUCCGCGCCCGCCUGGACCCGGCGGCCCUGGCAGCCCAGCUUGUCCCCGCCCCUGCCCCCGCCGCGGCACUCAGACUCCGGCCCCCAGUCUACGACGAUGGCCCCACGGGCCCCGAUGGCGAGGACGCCGGCGACGAGACGCCAGACCUGGACCCCGAGCUGCUGAGGUAUUUGUUGGGUCGGAUCCUAACGGGAAUCGCCGACACCGAAGCCGUCGCUGCCCCACGUCGCCUCCGCCGCGCCGCCGACCAGGAUAUGGGCCCUGAGCUACCCGCUGAGGGCGUGCUGGGGGCCCUGCUGCGUGUGAAGCGUCUGGAGACCCCCGCACCCCAAGCGCCGGCGCGCCGCCUCCUGCCCUGA